UUAGUUGCUUGGUUACUGUUGCGGUAGGCUUGGACCUUCUGUCACUUAGAUUUCUACAUUUAAUGCCUUAAAAUCACAAAUCAUAUAUAUGCAGUAUUCGUAACUGGUAAGGAUGGACGAAGGAACGGAGCUGUCUUCAACAAUUGCGCAAAUUGUCCACAAACUUAGUGGCUCUCAAUUGCACUUUCAGAUGGAGCGACAAGCCAAAGAAUGUUUAAACCAUCCAAGUGUUCAGCUGGAAACCCUCAAAGAAGAUGUAAAGCAAUAUCUCAGGAAAUCAGGUUGGGAAAAAAAGCUGCAGAAUGCUGUUUACCAAGAACUCAACAUGAUUCACACUUCAGGGAACCCAAUAGCACCUCCUGAGCACAUUAAGGAACCCCUCACAUACAUGAGGAAGGCACAAGCUAGUUGGGAAAAGCGAAUUCUUAAAAGUCUAAACAGUAUGUGCACAGAACUCAGCAUUCCUUUAGCCCGAAAGAGGCCUAUAAAUGAACAAAAAGAGCUCCUAACUAAGUGGAAUGAGAUGGGAACUGAUGAGCCUGAUUUAAGUCACUUCAGACCUGUUUAUGCCCCUAAGGAUUUUUUGGAGGUAUUAAUAAAUCUGAGAAAUCCUAAUUUUGACAACAGUGAUCAACCUUCAGCUAGUAGUCACUGGGGAUUAAUUCAGGUCCCAUUAAGAGUUAAAGACCUAUCUGAGCUUAGAGAGUUUUUUUCAGAAUUAAGUUUGGGCUAUGGACAGUUAGGGAUUGAAGAGUCUUCUCAAGUGCCUCAAGACAUAUUUGAAAAUGAACAUGCACGUAUUGGAAGGAAAGUUCUUGCUGAUCAAGACAGUGCUGCUGCAGAACAGUAUAUUCGACAAGGCUCUCCAACAGAAUUACGUGCAGAAUUAUGGGGACUGAUUCUGAAUGUCACCAGUGAACCAGAGGAUAUAAUGUACUAUGAGCAAUUAACAACUAGUGUUGUUCAGCAUGAUCUGUUGGUGGACAACCUAUUCUAUAAGGAUGUGAAGCUGACAGCCAGCAAUGAUGAUUAUUAUUUUGUUUUUGAAGACUUCUUAUAUCAGGUAUUACUUUGCUUUUCUCGGGACACAACAGUAUUGGAACAUUUCAAGUAUAACAGUGCUACUCCCCCAAAAUCCUACAUUAGAGGUAACCUUGGAAUAGAAGAGUUUGCUGUUGUUUACCCACCAAAUGGUGUUAUUCCAUUUCAUGGUUUUUCCAUGUAUGUUGCUCCGCUAUGUUUUCUCUACAACGAACCUCCCAAAUUAUAUAGUGUUUUCCGGGAAAUGUACAUGCGUUACUUCUUCAAGCUACACUCCAUUUCAUCGUCGUCUUCAGGAAUUGUGUCUUUGUGUCUGCAGUUUGAAACCCUCCUUCAGACUCAUCUUCCCCAGCUCUUCUAUCACCUGCAUGAAAUUUCAGCACAACCAUUGCGUAUUGCAUUCAAAUGGAUGGUGCGAGUGUUUUCAGGUUAUCUAGCUACUGAUCAGCUUUUGCUGCUCUGGGACAGAAUACUUGGAUACAAUUCUCUUGAAAUUAUUGCAGUACUAGCAGCUGCUGUGUUUGCUUUCCGAGCAGAGAAUCUGAUGGAGGUGACAUCACUGGCUGCAGCUGAAGCUGUACUUGCUGACCUUUCAACUCUGAAGGUUAUUCCUCUACUUCAGAUCUUCCUGUUUGCAACUGUCACGUAAGAAGCCAUAGAACAACUGAUGCCAUAAAAUAUUUCAUCGGGUGGUCAGAUGGUUUUAUACAUUAUAAGCAUGCAUUCAUUCUGAAAUAUUUAUAUUUACAGUACAGUUAUAUGUGUAGCUAUUUGUCAGUUUUCACAAUAAUGCUGCAUACACAUCAUUUAAUAACUUUGUUGCACAAGAUGCAAUUCCUGCUGCAUUAGGCAAACUUCUGAUAAUGUUAUAUUAAGAGAUGGGUGCAUGAGAUUGCUUGUGAACAGUGCAUGCAUUGAUGUAGACACUCAGGAUAGUUAGAUUAAUACUGUUUUCAAAAUGUAGAGAUCACGUUUUUGCCAAGCAUAUCUUGUCAGCCAAUGAUUGUGUUCACUACAGUGCAAUAAUGUUAUAUAGAAUGUUCAAUUUUCCACAUUCAUUCCCUUUGCAAACAGAAGCCCUAAACUAUGUGAUUUUACACAGUUUUAUCGGUGUCUGGUAUGCAAUCAUGUUUACCCCUUUAAACCAGAAUAACUGAUGUCAGGUUUUCUUUUUUAGGCUCUUAUGUGUGCUUUUAAGUUGCACUCAUAUAAGGAGUAAAUCAUGGCCUUUGUUACUACACAUCUAUUAAAAUACUAGGAAACACUUUGUGAAAUUUAUUGGAUCACUUCAAAGGCGUCAGAAAAGCUGUUGAGGGUGGUAUAUAUUAGAAGAAAUUUUUGAUUGGGAAAAAGUUCUUUAUAAAAGUGUUUAGAAUUGUAAGCUAGAAUUCCAAAGCAAUUUCAAAUAAUGCAACAGAUAAAAUCUCAAGUACAAAUUUCAUAUAAAAUGGUCAUUUAUGUGUUUGUUGUGAGAUGCCUUACAGUCCUGCACAGAAAGUGAAAAAGCAGUGCUAGAUGUUGUCUAGCGUAAUCGAUCUUCCUCCGUCAUUUCUUUAUCUUCAGUUUAAAUAUUAUCAAGCUAAAGGCUAUUUUCCAUGGCCUGAUGGUCUGUUAUGAUAAACACUUUAUAUAAAAGACAGCUGCCAAAGAGAAAUGAUUAUUUGCUUAUACUCCCUGAUAAUAUUUUAAUAAAGAAUAUGUGUCACAGAUUUUUCACUUGACAAAAUACAUUUUGCUUUGUCCAGUACAGGUUUUUUUUUUCCUGGACACAGUUUUAAGUCUUUCUUCAUUGAAACAGGGAAGUUUUCAUUUGCUUUUGAAAAUAAUGUUUUUUUGUAUAACUUAAAGUUAAAUUUUAAUUUUCAGCUAUAUGCAUUGCAAAUUUUUAUAAUUUUAGAUUAGUUCCUUUUUGACACUAAUUUGAAAUUAGUAUCUUUGCUAUAAUCAUUGUUGUUGUUAUUUGGGUGGAAUGGGGAUAUUAAACUACUCUCUGUAACUUUAUAUAUUUUUUAUUGUCAUCUGUAAUUGACAGAAGAAGACAUUGACAUUAAUUUUUUAUUUAGAAAUGGUGUCAUAUUUUAUUUUUGUAAUUAUAUGCAUUCAUGUUCUUGCCAUAAUGUAUCAAUAUAACCUAAAAUAAUGUUUGAUUUUGUAAAUAUAUAUUUAAUUGUUUAACAUGAACCUCUACUGUAUAAAUUCCUUUGCCUUAUGUUGAAAUCAGAAUAUUUCAUUGGCAAUAUAUGUAAGGACCGUUUUGAGCAUUUUUGUUACAACAAUAAUGAAUAGGUUGAGAAAUAUUGUAACUUAAUUCAGUUGUAAAACUCCUCAUGUAAUUAAAAGAACAGUGGAUAA